GAACAAAGAGGGUGUCAAUGGAUAAACAGAGGUCUGAAGGCAGCGAGAAACGACUCGGCGAGGUCCGUCAACCACCACUAGCACUCGCAGUUCAGUUAGCGCUUCCAGCGUCCUUCUAGGAAAUUGCUUCACUACCUUUCAUGGGAUGCAACAAACGAAUCACCGAGCUCCUCCCAUAGUCCUAUAUAAUUGUGCGCCCAAGAUUCAAGAAGCUCGCAAGAACAUCGAGAAGCAUCUGCAGUAGGAGUACUUAGAAUUCUUGCACUUUGGUCCCGCGCGGAGCUGCGAGCGAGAUAGAUGGACGGCGCCGGCAACGGCAACAACGGCAACGGCAACGGCAACGGCAACGGCAACGGCAACGGCGAUCACGUCCUAAUGAUGGAGACGUUAGGCCAGCAGACGGGCGGCGAAAACCCGCCACAGAUUGGUGGCGGCGGCCCGCACGCGCCCAACUUCGACGCGAACGACGCGGGCACGCUGCUGGUGGUGGCGACGCUGAUCACGGCGCUGUCGUACCAACUGGGGACCAACAUCCCGGGCGGGUACUGGCAGGACGACGGCGCGGGGCACGCCGCCGGCGACCCGAUCAUGCGGGACAAGCACCGGCGGCGGUACUGGCUGUUCAUGGCGGCGAGCUGGGCCGGGUUCGGCAGCUCGAUGCUGCUCACGGUGGGGCUCCUCACGGGGGUGCCCGCCAGGUCCCGCUUCGUCCGGGCCGCGUUCCUGGUGGCCUACUCCAGCCUCGUGCUCACGUUCGUGACGUCUCAGCCGCGCACCUCCCUCGCCAUGGACAUCGCCAUCUGGCUCGGCGUCAUGGCCGCGCUCGCCGUCGUCACCACGUACCUGCGCCUCGACAGGCUCCCCAGGUGGGCGCAGGCAGCUUUUCGUCAGCUGCUAGGUCGGUGAUCCGACCGUGAGCUUGUAGUAGUAACAGUGUUUUUUUUCCCCUAAUGUGUUGUUGCCCGGUGUAGUGGUUGUUCUUGUUCUUGUUCUCCGCUGCUGGUUGCCCAAUCAAUAAUUAGAGGUUGUGUUCUUA